AUGCAUACUCACUACCCCCGAGCCAACAUGAAGCCAGAGAUCAUCGCGGCGGUGGGCUUUAUCUCCAAUUCCUGCGUACCAAGGGGCUUAUGGACGACCGGGAGCUUCAGACCUUCAACCAGUCCCUGCAAGAACUGCUGGCAGAACAUUACAGACAUCAUUGGUUUCCUGAGAAACCUUCCAAAGGUUCAGCUUACCGCUGCAUUCGGAUUAACCACAAAAUGGAUCCCUUGAUUGGGCAAGCAGCAGACCGUAUCGGACUGAGCAGCCAAGAAAUGUUUAAACUUCUGCCAAGUGAACUCACUUUGUGGAUUGAUCCAUACGAAGUGUCUUAUCGCAUUGGAGAGGAUGGUUCCAUAUGUGUGCUCUAUGAAGCAGUCCCGUCAGGCAGCAGUAGCCAAAAUGGCAGCUCAUCUCUGGUCGAAAGCAGAAUCAGCUGCAAAGAUGAACUUCUCCUUGGCCGAACAAGCCCUUCCAAAACGUACAACAUGAUGACGGUAUCUGGUUAA